UACAUACCGAGCUACUUGUGAAAAAAAAAAGAUUUCAAAGUACUGUAAUGCAAAUAUGGUUGUCUAGCUAGUCGGUUGUGCGCAAUUUGACUACACUUUGAUUUUGGGUGUUCUGUUUUGUAAAUCGUUUUUAAAUAAUUACUUUUAAUUGAUUGAACAAUAAGUGUUGUAAAUUACUGAUUUUUUUGUUCAGUGUGCUAAUAUUUGUUUUAAGUAAAUUUUAUUAAAUCUUAAUGACAACUGGCAACCUGAUCAAGUAAAGAUCAAAAUGCUGAAAUCGAUAUGGUGGUUUUUGCUAUUCUUGACCAUGUUUAUGGUCACAAGUACAAUUGCACAAAGUGAUGAUGACAGGAUGUCGACUAUAUUUUUCGAUUCAACCGAUGAAACUCCGUUAAACGAUGCACCCGGUGCAGAAGUGGGCGAUGCGCCACAGAAUAUUACCGAAACAGAACUUGAACAGUUAUUAAAACAUUACGAUGCCAUGUCAAUGAAUGUAUGUAAUCGUGCUGUUAUCGCUUCUUGGAAUGUUGCGACUGAUGUGGGAAACAAAACCAAGGAAGAAAUAAAGAUAAAAGCUGUGGCAGAACGUGCAAAAUUUGUUAAGGAUUGGUACAAUUCCCACUGGAAAUAUGCCAAUGAAGCUGAUUAUAAAGAUGAAUCGAUACGAAGACAAUUGCGCUUUCAUAAAAAUUUGGGAGAAGCAAUCUUAAACGAAACUGACUUAAAUAUGCUGACAAACAUAAUCACUCAAAUGUCAAAUGUAUACAAUUCAGCCACCGUUUGUCCGUACAAUAAACAAAACUGUGACACUACAGAGCGUCUAACUCUCGAUCCAGAUAUUCAAACGCGCCUGGGAAAAUCGAGAGAUGUUGAUGAAUUGAAGUAUUUAUGGGUACAAUGGCGCGAUGCAACAGGGCGAAAAAUCAGAGAUAAAUACGAGGAUUAUGUCGAAUUAAUGAACAAAGUUGGUACUGGAAACGGAUUUAAGGACGCCGCCGAAUAUUGGAAAAACGAAUUUGAAGAUCCGCAAUUUGAAGAACAUUUGGAUGAUUUAUGGAAACAAGUGGAACCGCUCUAUCUCGAAUUACACACGUAUAUGCGAUAUAAAUUGUGGACAAUUUAUGGUGAUAAAUUUGAUUGCACUAGCGAAAACAUACCAGCUCAUUUGUUGGGCAAUAUGUGGGCACAGAGCUGGGAAUAUUUGUUUGAAGAAACAAAACCGUUCGCAAACGGAUCAUCGAAUGACGUAACGGCAAAAUUACAAGCACUCAAAUACAAUGCACGCAAAAUGUUUGAAAUAUCCAAUGAGUUUUAUAUGAGCCUUGGCCUGCCAACGAACGAAAUGUCAUACACCGGUGAAUCGAUUAUUGAAAAACCAACGAAUCGUACAAUUCAGUGUCAUGCUUCUGCCUGGGAUUUUUGCGAUGGCAAAGAUUUUCGCAUAAAAAUGUGCACAAAUAUAAAUCAAGAAGAUCUAAUCACGAUUCAUCAUGAAAUGGGUCAUAUUCAGUACUAUAUCCAGUAUAAAGAUCAACCGUCGGUGUUUCGUAAGGGUGCAAAUCCCGGUUUUCAUGAGGCUGUCGGUGACACCAUGGCAUUGUCGGUAGCAAAUCCGAAGCAUUUGGUUAAAAUUGGUCUUCUAAACAAUUACACAAAGUCAAUUGAAAACAAUAUAAAUGCUUUGUACAUGGAAGCAUUGCAACGCGUCGCCUUUUUGCCAUUCGGUUUUCUAAUUGAUAAAUGGCGUUGGGAUGUAUUUAGCAAAAAAGUUUCGUCCGAUAGUUGGAAUUCGCAUUGGUGGACAUUGCGAGAGAAAUACCAAAAAAUCUCAUCGCCCGUUCCGCGAACCGAGGAUGAUUUCGAUCCUGGUGCAAAAUUUCAUGUGCCAGCCAAUUCAAAAUAUAUUUCCUAUUUCAUUUCACAUCUUCUGGAAUUUUCAUUUUAUAAAGCGUUAUGCAGUGCAGCCGGUGAAUACAAUUCAAACAAUGUGAAUGUGCCAUUGCAUCAGUGUGAUUUCUACCAAUCAAAAGAAGCUGGACGGAAAAUUGCUGAUGCUCUUAAACUCGGUGCGAGUAAACAUUGGUCUGAAGCGUUGAAAUUGAUAACCGGCGAAACGACUCUGUCGGCAAAUGCCAUUCUUGAGUACUUUAAACCAUUAAGAACGGUUUUAGUUAGUGAAAUCAACCGAAUGAAAGCAUUGAACGUAACGUGUCAAUAUGAGGAAGACAACGUCGUCGCCAGAUUUACAAUGGGUACUAUCUUUACGGGACUAGUUAUUUUUGUUUUGGUGGCCCUUAUUUGUACUAUUGUUUACGGUAUUUAUAAGUACAACGCCAGAGUCACUAACUAUGUAUAGAUAAAUUGAAAAAUGUGUCACCUAUAUGCUGGCCGGAAUAACAAAACGGUUUCAACAGAAGAUCCGAUACAGCAUCGAAAACUUCUUACUAAAAUUAAAAUUAAAAUUAAAAUUAAAAUCAAAAUAAACAUCAACUUCCAAAGAAAGAA